AUGCGAAGAGAUGUUCGGAUCCUGCUCGUAGGUGACGAGGCCGUCGGGAAGAGCACGAUCGUCACUUCCUUGAUCAAGGAGUCUUUCGUCGCCCAUGUCCAACACAUCGUCCCUGAAGUCACCAUACCGCCAGAGGUUACGCCCGAGAAUGUUACUACAUAUAUAGUCGAUUCAGGCAGUGGUCCGCAGGACCGGCCGCACCUCGAGUCCGAGAUACGCAAGGCUCAUGUCAUUUGCGUUGUAUAUGCAAUCGACAACCCCAACUCGUUCGAUCGAAUACCCACAUAUUGGCUGCCUUCCUUCCGGCAACUCGGCGUCAACGUCCCUGUAAUUCUUGUCGGUAACAAGAUAGACUUGCGUGGCGGCGAAGUUACCAAUGAGGCCCUAGAGGAAGAAAUUGUCCCCAUUAUGAAUGAGUUCAAGGAAGUCGAGACAUGCGUAGAGUGUUCUGCGAAGUUGCCCUUGAACGUGUCGGAAGUAUUCUAUUUUGCGCAAAAAGCUGUCUUGCAUCCCACCGCGCCAUUAUACGAUUCAAGAGACCAUGUGCUCAAGAAGGAGUGCGUGGCGGCCUUGAGGCGGAUAUUCAAGUUAUGCGACGCAAACAAGGACGGCAUUCUCGAUGCUGCUGAGCUCAAUGAAUUUCAGCGGAAAUGCUUCGAUGCUCCACUACAGGCUCAGGAACUAGAGGGUAUCAAGGAGAUGGUCCGCGCGCAUGCCGAAGGGGGCGUUCGAGACGGCGGUCUCACAGAAGCUGGAUUUUUGUAUCUCCACACAAUCUUCAUACAACGUGGUCGUCUGGAGACAACCUGGACUGUCCUUCGAAAGUUCGGCUAUGCGGAGGACCUGCGCCUAACGGAGAGUUUUCUGUAUCCGAAGUUCGAUGUUGCGUAUGACUGCUCAGUCGAGUUGAGUCCCAAGGGCUACCAGUUCUUCACAGACAUCUUCGAAACCUUUGACAAGGAUCAAGAUGGUGCUCUCAGAACUGAAGAGCUUGAAGACCUGUUCAGUACGUCACCAGGUAACCCAUGGGCAAGCCAACGGUUUCCGGAUACGACCGUCUCGAGCGAUACUGGUGCCGUCACACUGCAAGGCUGGCUUGCGCAGUGGAGUAUGACAACGCUCCUGGAAUACAAGACGACACUUGCACAUCUUGCAUAUUUAGGCUAUCCGGAGGAGCCGCGUACGGGUGCGUUGCAUAUAACGCGGCCGCGCAAGAUGGAUCGUCGAAAGGGUAAGGUGACACGAAACGUGUUCCUUUGCUACGUUUGCGGCGCAGCGGGUUCAGGGAAAACGUCGCUAUUGCGUGCGUUUGCGGACAAGGCUUUCAGCGAAGUAUACGAGCCGACCAAGAAAAUGAACUCUGUCGUCAACUCUGUAGAUAUCCAGGGCUCGGAGAAAUACCUCGUUCUUCAAGAGUUCGGAUCAAAGUAUGAGGCGGAAACAUUGCGAAAUCCCAAGAAGACAGAGCUGGCUGAUGUUAUCGUCAAUGUCUACGACUCAAGUGACACGAAUUCCUUCUCGUACAUUAGCAAUCUGAGGCAACAAUAUAAUCUGGACCACAUACCCACUCUAUUCGUCGCAACAAAAUCGGACCUCGACCUCGCUCAACAGAGACACGAGGUGCAACCCGACGUGUACUGCCGGAGACUGGGCCUGCAGGUUCCUGUCGCCGUCAGCGUGAAGACGGGCCAAACCGCAGACGUGUUUCACGCCAUCUGCAGCAUUGCGAUGAACCCGUCCUCUGCCAUUCCAGGAGGAUCCGAUCGCGCAAUGACGGCAGCGGCGCGAUUCCGGAUGUACGUCACAGUGUGCACGAUAAUAGGGGGGGCUGCGACGGGUGCUAUAUUUGUGUAUCGGACAUUUGUGCGACCUGGGGGCACGACGUUCAGCGGACUGGGGGCGCAGUGGGUCGGUUGGCUCCUGGGCAGGAGAGAGCUCUAG